AUGGCCGUCAUACAAGAGGCAUACAUCUCGGAAGAGAUUCACGAGCUCAAGGCACAGGCGAACCGCCACUUCGCUGCCAAGGAUUACGAUGCGGCGCUCAGCGGCUACCUCGAUAUUCUAGCACUGCUGCCGCCACGCCCAAAACCAAAGCAAGAAUCCUCAGAAGAGGAACAAGACGAUGGCCAAGGAGAAGCAGAGGAGGCUCCAAUAGGCGAAACAUCACCCGAGACCGCGACGCAAGAGUCGCAAGAAUCAGAAGAAGCCGGCGAAUCGGAAGAGAUGCAGCAGAUCCGGCAGUUCCGAUCGGUGAUCUACGCCAACAUUGCUGCGACGCACCUGCGACUCUCGCAGCCGCGCGAUGCGGUCAAAGCCGCCACCGAGUCGCUGCUCGACCAACCGCGCUACGUCAAGGCACUCUACCGCCGCGCACAGGCGAACGAAGAGAUAGCCACAUGGUCCGGUCUCUCGGCCGCCCUCGAAGAUCAUCAAACCCUCCUCUCCUGCCCUGACCUCCCCAGCGCCACAAGACCGGACGUGCAAGCCGCAAUCGCAAGGCUAGAACCCAAAGCCAAGCAGGCGGCAGAGAGGGAGAAGGACGAGAUGAUCUCAAAGCUCAAGGGCCUGGGCGACUCCAUCCUCGGCAACUUUGGUCUCAGCACAAACAACUUCAAGUUCACACAGCAGCCAGGAGGCGGCUACUCGAUGAACUUUGUUCGCUAG